AUGAGCACAGUCUCCACAGACACGGCCUCGACCACCUCCAACGAGUCUCAGCUUACUGAGAAGCCCAGCGAGGACGACAUGAUUGUCUCGAUCACCCGCCAAAGACGCUCAGCUAUGGAUGUCUCUCACACCUACCAAGUUCCGCUAUCAAAGAUUGAGUCGCGACGCUCUUCUCACAAGUCUCUUAUCGCAUUAUUCAAGAGCAUCCUGCGCUGUCGACUCCAGACCGGCAUGGACGGUCGUUCCAUCGUCUGGCGCAUGUCAGAGACUGACCAGAUUGCAUUUGUCUGCUCGUCAAACUCAUUCGCCGCCGCCGUCCUCGACCACAAGAAUGCAAACAAGAAGACCAUCCAGCUCUUUGUGGUCGAAAACGACGGUGAGUGA